AUGGAGUUGUUCAGCGGUCGUGGUGACAUUGCACGGGAUGUUAUUCCAUCUGUGGUUACGAGAGACGUUGACAGCAUCGAAACCAGAACGACAAUAGUGACAACUAAGACAGAGAAAGACUUGACCACCACUGCGAUCUCGACUCCGAAGGCUGGGAGCACAACUUCAGUCGCUCCUACCCAAGAUCAGACUACAGCUCUUGGUCAGAAUGCAUGGCCAUGGAACGGCGACUGGACCGCGGGUGGCAAUCCAUGGUCAGGGCGAUGGGGUGGGAUGCCCACUACAGUUAUUACUCUUGCCUCUACAGUAACAUACACCGAUCCGCAAUCCACGGCAAAGACGUCCCAAUCGACCCCCGUUGUUCCGAUGGCAUCAGAAACCGGAAUAGAAGGCCUGGACAUCAGUGGUCCUGUGGCCGCUGGUAUCGGUGUAGGUGCUAGCGUCGGGCUGCUCGGUCUCUGUCUUGGGGCGGCAUACGUUUGUAGAAAGGGCUUGCGUCGAAAUAGGCAUCAGUUGUCGUUGGUACAAACGACAAAGCACAUUAAGACGGACGAUGUCAUUUGGCCACCAUAUCUUUAUUCAGCAUCCAACGAAUCGCCAAUCGAGCUUUCGGCAACACGGUCACCCAAAGAGUUAGACACUGAAGUAAGGCCUCGCGAACAGGAUUUGUCGAAGAAUUUGGGGAUCGUCGAGUUGGAUGGAAGCGGUAUGGUAAAUCCGAACUGA